UCUGUACCCACUCCAGUUUUCCCCCAGUCCAGUCCAGUCCUGUCCGACCCCCUGCAGCCAUGGCGCGUGGUCACCAGAAGAUCCAGUCACAGAAGAAGAAUGCAGAGAAACAAGCCAAGAUGAAGAAACAGCAGGGGCAUGAUCAGAAGUCUGCGGCGGGGAAGGCGCUCAUCUACCAGUGUGUGGUGUGCAAAACCCAGAUGCCGGACCCUAAGACCUACAAACAGCACUUUGAGAGCAAACAUCCCAAGGCACCUAUGCCAGAGGAGAUCAAAAACGUAGCAGCAUAAAACAGGCCAACCUGCAGUACCUCUGGGCUUUCACCCCUUCAGCUCACCGACAUGGAACGUUCCACAAAUAAAGUCUAUAUUUUUCUGUGCAAUGGGCCAUACUAUUCAAGACACUUUAGGGGGAGUUAGCCCUUUAGGUUACAAACAUUGAUUCACUAACAUCAAGAGUUAUACUGUAUCAUAGGAUGUUAGAGGAUCAGAGUUAGUAUAAGAAAACUUCUACAUCUGUUAGCAUGUCUCGUCAAACUGGCUUAAAACAAUACAGAUUCUGUACCUUUGUCUUGCACGUGUCUUUAAAAGUUAAGAUUUUAUGGCAAUUUCUUGGCAAUUUCAAAGUUUCUUGCAGUCCCUGUGGAAAUAGAAACAGUUAAAAAAACCUUUUUCACACUUUCAAGUUUAUAUUCACUUCACAUAUGUCAAAAGAGAUUGAUACAUGUACUUCAAAUUGAGUCAUCUAUACUGAACAACUGAUAUCAACAGGCAAUAUGGAGAUGAUAUGCAAAUCACCAACUGUAAAUGCAAAUUUUAUGCAAAUCAUGCUUGCAAAACAUACUACUAGUACCAUUGUACAUGGAACAUCAUUGUGAGGCACCUCUUAGUAUUUCAAGCCAUAGCAUAUAAGCUCGGCAGUAACCUAGCUAUACAAUUAUAUGCAAGAUUUUCUGGUGUUUCCUUCUAAGUUUAAUCUAAAUGUUACUAUUUUAAGAAGUUUCUUGGAGGGGAAGAAAGUAAUGUAUUCCAACUGUACUAAAGAGAUGUGUUAAUUUUUUCCCAUGGUCGUUGUUUGCACCAAAGCCCACCAAAGUGCAUAGUUACAGUCAAGCGGAGAAGUUCAAAGAGCAAUUCAUUUUUGGGAAAGGCAAAUAUUAGCAUGUACCAGUUUUUAAGUCUUCCCGUGUAUGCAAAUGACCUCAAAUUUUUACCUACAGUGUAGUGAAUGCAAAUUUACAUAACGCUAAUUUCCAAGCAGAUGUUGAGAGGAAGAUUGUAAAGUUCUCGGACAGAAAAGCCCGGAAGCCUGAAAAUAUUUCAACCAGGCAUCUGCUUGGAGAUUAAACAUAUUUCUGAUUUUCUUUUAUUUCCUGCAGUCUUUGUCACCCUAUAUUUAUUUAUGUAGAAUAGAUAAGAUAGUGAAAACAUGUUCAGAUUAUGGUGAUACCUCACAUUUGGUGGGCAAUACAGGUUUUAGGCGAUACAUUGUGUCAAAAAGCUCCAUGGUCAUCAAUAAACCUUCGUUUAAAUUUGUCUGCUA